AUGGAGAGGAUGCAGCGCCUCGUACACGCCAAUACUUGUAGUAGAAUUAUAAAGGAGACUAAAAGAACGAAACGGGAGUUCGAUAGCAACAAAACAGAACUUGAUAGAUGGUGCAAAGAACUGAGUGAUAGGGAAGCCUUAACCAUAUGUGAUAGAAGGAAGAUUGAAGAGGAGUCAAAAAUGGAAAUGCCAUUACCUUAUCCUCUUUAUUCUCCCUUUUGUGUACACCAAAUCACAGAAAAUCCCUCUGAUAUUUUCUAUAAUUACAGUGCUGCUUUGAAACACAAACACAAAAUAGAGAGAGGCAAAGAUGUAGAGACCAGAGGAGCUUGA